AACAAUUAAGAAGAAGACUUCACAUUGUGGAAUCACAUUUUAAAAAAUAAACAAUUUAAUUUUGAAACGCUCAAUUUGCCAUUACAGCAUGGUAACUAACUCAAACAUGCAACAAGAUGCGACUGAUGUUAAGAUACGCUCCCUAAAUUGCGAAUUGAACCCCCUGACCAGAGGCGAUGGAUCAUCACUGUUUGCUCAAGGAGGGACGUGUGUAAUGGCAUCGAUAUUGGGGCCGGUAGAAGUGAAAUUACAAAACUUAAACAUAGACAAGGCCUAUGUAGAAUGUAUUUAUAGACCUAAAGCUGGCCUGCCCACAAUAAAAGACAAAAUGCGUGAAUCGGUCAUUAAGGAUACAUGUGAAGCGGCUGUACUGUCGGCCAUGCAUCCCAGAACCAUGGUAUCAGUGCAAGUACAAGAACUCGACGAUAGAGGAGGCUUGGAUGCUUGUGCCAUUAAUGCCGCUUGUAUGGCCUUAUUGAUAGGCGGUAUUCCCAUGAAAUUUACCGUAGCUGCUGUCUGCUGUAUUGUUGAUAAGAACGGCCAACUGGUGCUGGAUCCCGAUUAUGGCCAAACAAAUGAUAGUCGUGCGAAUUUUACAUUUGUUUUUGACUCCCUAGAAAGAGAUCUGGUGACGGUGAAUAGCUCGGGUUGUUUCAAAAUGGCACAGUUCAAUGAUGCUUAUCUUAUGUGUCGUGAGGCUAGUGGUGUACUUUUUGAUUUUUAUCGCAAAAUCAUGACGAAAUUUCACACCAAAACCAUACAACCUGCUUCGUAUAAGGAUGAGCCUAUGGAGGCCUAAUAAAACAGCAGUUAUUUUUUCUAAAAUCAA